AACAUGUCGAGUAGUCAUCAAUGAAGUCACCUUGGACAUAUGAUGUGGCAUGAUGGUAAGGACUCGACAAAGACCAGGCCAAAUGUUUGUCUUGCAUUGCGGAAUUUCAUGGUCUGCAGACACUGGAAUUGGAUCCAUUACGUAGAUCAGUUGAAUGAUUAGACAGCCCAGAUUAAAAAAGUUUUGGGUAUUGGCCUGCCUUUCCGGGAGACCAGUUAAAUGAUUAAGACUAACCUUUCACUAAUUUUCUGUUACUGUCUUGUAUAAAGAAUAAAUAUGCUCUCUGGUCAUUCACCUUGCAUUCAAAGUUAUGUUAAUGCCUUUGGCUGGCUUUUACGGUUCUGUUUGUUUUUUCCACUGUUUUUGUUAGUUGUUAUUAUAAUCUUCAGCCUUGUACUGUCAAUUUAUCUUAUGUUUUCUCCAUAAAAGUUAUACUUUUGAAAAAGAAAACAAGUUCUCAUGUUUUCAUCAAUCUUCCAGACUAGAUAUACCUAUAUGCUACUCUGAAUUUGCAUUGUUCAAAGUUUGAGCAUUAGAGAUUGUAGUGAAAUCAUUGCAUGUUUAUAGGAGGUUAGAUUUAUGGGUAACCCUGUAUUGUACUGUUGGUUUCUAGUUUUACUUCUUCAGGUAUGGCAUAUCCAAGCUCAAGGCAGUGAGGCUUCUAAUCUUACAGGCUAUACUUGUUCUGAUGGUCCAUCCCCAUGUCACACAUAUGUUUUUUACAAAGCACAGGCCCCUAAUUUCCUUACUCUUGACCCUAUCAGUGAUUUGUUUGGAGUGAGCAAACUGAUGAUUGAAAUGGCCAGCAAUUUGGUGGAUGAGAACACCCAACUGGUCGAUGGUCAACUACUGUUGAUUCCCAUAGUAUGUGGGUGCAUGGGGAAUGUUUCUCAAGCCAAUGUUACUUAUUGGAUUAGUGGAGAUGAUACAUUUUAUUUGGUUUCAACUCAGAAAUUUGGGAACCUGACAACUUAUCAAGCUGUGGAAUUGGCGAAUCCAAAGCUGGACGUAUAUAAUCUUACAAAUGGCACAGAGGUUGUUUUCCCAUUGAGAUGCAGAUGCCCAACAAAAGAACAACUGAAGAAGGGUAUGUCCAUGCUUAUUACCUAUGUGCUUGAUCAAAAUGAUACAUGGGCUAGUAUAAAUAGAAGUUUUGGUGCUGAUUAUGAAGAAUUAGUCUCUGUGAAUGGACGAAUAGAUUUUGAUAGUAGUGCUAGCAAUAGUAUUUUGAUUCCUGUUUCACAGAAACCUGUGCUACCUCAGACUCUGGAUUUAUCAAUCCCUCCUAUUUCUUCCUUGGAUGAGGAUGGAAAGGGAAAUUCACAUAGGGUGCUCUUAAUAGGAUUCUCUGUUGGUGGGCUGGUAGGACUUUUAGCUUUUGGGUCAGCUUAUUUGAUUAGACAAAGGUCUUCAAGACUAGCAAAAGUUUUUGACAAUAGAAAGCAGCCACCAUGUCAGAAUUUGAAAGUAAUGACAAGAAAUGAAAGUGGGCAAGAGGAGCUUCUGGCUGGUGUGAAUGAUUGUUUAGGCAAGCCACUUACCUAUUCUCUUGAUACUGUAAGAAAGGCAACCCAAAACUUUAGUCCUGUGUUUCAUAUAGAGGGCUCUGUAUACCGAGGCAUCAUUCAUGACCAAGAAGUUGCUAUCAAGCACAUCAAAGGAGACGUGUCUCAAGAAUUGAAGUUGUUGCUGAAGGUUAACCAUGGGAACUUAGUCAGACUAGAGGGUUUUUGCAUUACUCCUGAAGGGCAGUCUUAUUUGAUCUAUGAAUAUGCUGAGAAUAGGUCUCUGAAUAGAUGGCUUUAUCAUAAUUAUAGGUCAUCUAAUACACUAAAGCGGGGAUCAUGUUCCUCAAGCUCUGUAUUUCUGACAUGGAAGACAAGGCUACGGAUUGCUUUAGAUGUAGCCACUGGGCUUGAGUACAUUCAUGAGCACACAAAUCCAACUGUUGUCCACAAGGACUUGAAAAGCAGUAAUAUUCUUCUUGACAGUAAUUUCAGGGCAAAAAUUGCAAACUUUGGAAUGGCGAAAUCUCUAAAAAGUGCAGUUACUAAGCAUAUCAAGGGUACUGAGGGUUACAUGGCUCCAGAAUAUCUUGCCCAUGGACUAGUGACACCAAAGCUUGAUGUUUUUGCUUUUGGAGUUGUGCUUCUGGAACUAAUGUCAGGCAAAGAAGCGAUUGUGAGAGAUGAAAAUGGAGUUCCUAUUGCAGGAAAGGCAGGCCUUCUAUGGACCCAAAUAAGGUCUCUUUUAGAAGGAAAAGAUGCAGAAGAAAAACUAAGGAAAUGGAUGGAUCCAAAUCUACAAAGCUCAUACAAUAUAGAUAGUGCCGUCAGUCUGGUUGUAAUGGCAAGGGCAUGUGUAGAAGAGGAUACUAAGGCCAGGCCUAGCAUGGGAGAUAUUGUUUACAAACUCUCCAAGUUGUUGGACGCCUGUGUGGAGUGCAGUGAAUCUUCAUGGGUGAUGGACGAAAGCAUGGAGAUAGUAAUUCCAAUUGCCGGGAGGUGAUUCAUUUCUUCUCCAAAUCUGUUUUACUGGUUAGCUGCUGGGUCUUCUCUGAAAGCAGUAACUGUUGCAAGAAUAGAAGAAAUCAAGAAGAGAAAAUUCUAUGGGGUCAUUUUAUCUAGGGCAAAUGAAGGGAAGUGUAUGUAAAUAUUGUUUUAAUGGUCAAAGCAAGCUUGCAAGUGGGUUAUCUAAGGUAUUAGAUUUUGUUGGAUCCUUGCCACGUUUUGUAAACCUGAUAUAUUAGAAUAUACAUGUGCUGAUCAAUAUCUCAGUUACCUAAAUGCUGCAUGAAGUCCUGAAUACUCUGUUAAGCCCUUCAGCUUUUGUCUCCACAUCUCUAGCCAUACGGAAACCUCUAACAUAUGUCAAGAGAAAAAUAUACAUUUGUUAAGCCGUUGUACACCACAGAUGUGAGGACAGGGGAGGCUCUGGAUUUAAUCAUUAUGAUUAUGUCUUAGAAAUUUUCAGUUCCUCAUCUGUUUUAGGUUUGUCCUGAACAAUUAAAUGAGUUUGGCUUGGCUUCUUGUAU